AAUUUGUCAAAACAGGAAGAAGAAGAAGAACUUGAGAAAGGAAACAGGAAGAAGAAGAAAGAAAAAUAAAAGCAUGCUUGUUUUCUAUAACGUUUUAGGUGAAUUUAGGAAAACGGAUAAAUGAACUGUACCUAAAAAAAUAGCAUAAAUGGAGUCCGCUUUAGAAUGGACCCCGGAGAACCUUCAGAAGUUAUUCGCCUCGUUGAAAGCCAGCAUCCCAGAAACGGAGGAAGCUAGCAUUUAUAGCAGAGGACUGAAGCGAGUGGACUGGGAGAAAGUGGCGUUUCCCCCUUUUUCUGCUGACCAAUGCCGGGAAAUGUGGACAUCAUUCAUGCUUAACAUGCGCAAGGUUCGGACCCUGAAGGAAAUAGUUGAGGAAGCUGAAAGUCUUGUUUCCAAUCCAAAUACUGACGAUACGAUCCAACCACAGUUCCCAAAGAUACCUCGUCCUCCAAAUGUUCUCUAUUUUGAGAAAAACUUGGAAAAAUUUCAAAGAAGACACCCAGAACGUGACACACAAAAACUUCUUAAAUCGGCAUCCAAGAAGUUCAAUAAGCUCCCAGAAGAGGAGAAGGCCAAGUAUGAAGAAAAGUACAGCCUUGAAUGUGCGGAAUACAACAAAAAGAUGCAAUCGUUCUGUCAAAAUUACCCUGGUUUUACCCCUCAGAAGAUCAAAAAAAGGGAUCUUCCUGCAAGUGUUAAAAAAAGCUCUGAAAAACAUCCAGACUUGCCUCCUAAACCUCCGACUAAUGGAUACUUGCUUUUCUGCAAGGAGCAGUCUUUGUCUGUUAGAAGUUUAGAAAAAAGCAGAUUUAUUAAAGAGUGGGCUCGGCGCUGGCGGGAUUUGAGUCAACCGCAGAAGAAGAAUUAUGCUGAUCGCUGCCGUGAGCUGAAUGAGGAGUACAACGUCAAGAUGAAUGCUUACCUGGAGAGGUUUGAUGAAGAGACGCGUCAGCAGUUCAUCGAAAAGAAUAAAAUCACAAUGAGCAGUAAGAAAAAGUCUGCUAGAUCGAGAGCCCUAAAAAGAUGGCUGGAUGAGCCGAAGAUGCCAUCUUCAUCCGGGAACACAAUUUUCAUUCAAGAACAGAUGCAGCUUCUCAAAGAAAAAAUCCCGAUUACAAAUGAGCGUUUUUGCGAGGUGAACAAAAUGUGGAAAAGCUUGUCAGAGGAAACUAAAGAAGAAUACAAAGAAAAGAGAAAAAACAAGAUUCAACAGUACUCGGAAGAGCUGCAGAAUUGGUUUUUGGCGAUGACGCCACAAAAAAGGAAGGAAUAUUGGAAGUCGAACCCAUCCAAAAGAAAAUAUCUGGGUGUAAAUGAAAAGUUUCGCAAAGAUAUGCAGUCGUGCAAAACUUCAGAUUCAGAAGAUGAGGAGAUUGUGUUCAGCAGCAGUGAAGAAGAGGAUAACACUUUGAUCCUUGGCAAGGAAGAAGAUUAUGAAGAGGAAGAUGAUAUUGAGAUCCACAUGUUUGAGAUCUAAACGGCACCAACAACAGAUUCAUACUAGAGAAUAGAAAAUUGAAUAUUUGAUGGAAAAAUUCUACAUCCAGGAAAAGUGGAUCAUUUGCCUUUUAUUCUGGGACUUAAAUCAGGACAAAUGUUUAAAAUGAUGAUACACUGCACUGUAUGGCAAAUGUGUUAUAAAAAGAUUUGUUGAAUCUUUGCUUUUUCCACUUGAGUUUUUUUUUCUAAGAGGACAAAACGUCCUGCAGAAAUGAUGCCAUGUAUCAACUGUAAUAAAUUAAAUUUCUUAACUUCA